AUGCUUCAAUUGGCUGAAAUAUUUAAUGCCCCAAGUGAUGAAGAAGAUUUUCUUGGUUUUCAACUUGAUAUUCCUAUGAAAACGUUGACAUUGGAAGACAGGAAUGAGAGCUUGCCUGGAACAUCGAGAAUGGCAAUGGAAUUAGACCGAGACAAUAACCCAUCUCUAACUGAGGAAGGAGAAAAUGAAGAAGCAAUGGAAACUGACUCAACUCAUAAGAAAAGAAGAUUCAAACUUCGAGGAUCAAUGCAGCUUCCUAACAAAUCAGCUAAAAAGUCUUCCCCCCAAUCCAACGAAUCUCCUUUUCCUAAACAAAGAAAAAAUACAAAUGUGAGAAAUGCAGAUCCAGAUACUUCUUCUGAAUCUGAGGCAGAUGAGGCACCAGAUGAAAACUCUAAUGUACUUUCGAGGAGAGAUCAGAAUAUACAAGAAAAUAAAGCUGUGCUUGCACAGUUACUAGCAGACCUAGAAGCUAUAUCUUCCUCAACUGAAACUCCUUCAACUAAACGGAAGAAAGUACUAAGGACAAGAUCUUCAAGAGACACAAUACAGCGUCGAGCUAACCCAAUGAGGAGUGCUCGGCCCCCAGAAAACUUUGCUGUGGAAAGAAACCCACCUAUGCAAUGGGUUGAUAAUGAAACAUAUCACAACUUAAUGAAGAGAAAACUAAAUGAGCAUAUUUUAGGAUCGCCGAAAAAAAGAAAAAUGGUAAGAAUCACAGGACUUCGAUCAGUUGUCGUAACAAAUGAAGAAUUAGAACAAACUGCAUUUAAUAAUAAAGACAAAAUCCACCAUAAGAUUUGGGGAACCACAUGCCAUCAGUGCCGCCAAAAGACAUUGGAUACAAAAACCAUCUGUCAUAAUGAAGACUGUGUCGGUGUGCGGGGACAGUUCUGUGGACCAUGUCUCCGUAAUCGCUAUGGAGAAGAUGUGAAAGUAGCACUUCUGAAUCCAGAGUGGUUGUGCCCUCCUUGCCGCGGAGUAUGUAACUGCAGCUCCUGCCGCAAGCGUGAUGGUUACUGUGCCACUGGAACACUUAUCCACCUGGCAAAGCUUUACGGCUAUAGCAGUGUGAAGGAGUAUCUUGAAAGCAUGCCAAUGCUUCAUGGUAAUGGAAAUGAGUGA